AACACCUCUCUUACAGGAAAUCAAUGAUCAGCAUCUCCUAUGCACAAUAAGACCCUGCCUCAGUUUCACUUCCUACAGUAUUUUAAACAAUAGCCACUCCUAAAUGAAAGCUGAGGGACGAUGCUGUGUGAAUUUGGGAUGCUGGGGAUGCUCCUAUGGAUUCCAGUGACAGGUGUAACAUCAUGUGCGAGUCAUCCAAUAACCAGCAUCAACAUCACCACUGAUCUGCAGUCUGAUGUUCUGCUGCCCUGUAACUUCACACUACCCGUCUUUGGAGCAAAUGAGACUGCAGAUAUAGCAGCAGUGUGGAGUCACAGGAAUUUAACAGUAGAUGAUCUGGUGAAGAUCAAGCUACAGAGUGAUGUGAAGUCCUGCAGGAACACAGGUGGAUGUAUUAAUCCGUUCCCCAAUAUCUCAAGAUCUGGAAACUUCUCCAUCCUCCUCCGUAACGUUCAGCGGUCUGAUCUGGGUCUGUACCGCUGUGAACUGUAUAAUGGGACCAACUGCAGCAUCGCUUAUCAGGAGAUAUAUUUGAGCACAGUCUCUGAGGUACACAGCUCAAUACAGUACUGGUAUUACUUCCUUGGAGCUGCAGUCACUGUCCUCCUGCUGUUGGUGUGUUUGUUCUGUACACAGUGCAGAAGGAGAUAUUCGGAAGGCCCUUUAUAUGUGAACACUUACUUUCAUAAAAACAAAAGACGCCGAAAAGAAGAGCCUGUUUACGAAAAUGACAGUGAGAUUAGAAAACUGAAGUGGACCAGCAGAGGGAGCAGUCCUAAACAAGAAGACUCACUGUACGUAAACUGGGUGAGAAAUAAGAGAUAGCAGUGAAGAAGACACCUGAACAAGUCCUGUUUCAGCACUGAGAGACCUGGCAGAACAUCCUCAUUAAUCACUUGCAUCCGGGGUGUCCAAACCUUUUUUUGUUGGGGUCCAGAAGGAGAAAUAUAUUUGAAGUCACGGGCCACACUCUGUAAUAAAACAAAUAAUCAAAUAUACCACUUUAAAUAAUACCUUUUUCCUGAUUAUUUCAUUUACUCACCAUCUUUGGUCCGUUUUUAUGCGCUAGAAAUGCGCACUCUCUCCACUUUUAGACUCUUUGCCUCGUUUUUCUGCACUAGAAAUGCACACUCUCUCCGCUUUUAGACUCUUUGCCUCGUUUUUCUGCGCUAGAAAUGCACACUCUCUCCGCUUUUAGACUUUUUGGCCCGUUUUUCUGCGCUAGAAAUGCACACUCUCUCCGCUUUUAGACUCUUUGGUCCGUUUUUAUGCGCUAGAAAUGCGCAUUCUCUCCGCUUUUAGACUCUUUGCCUCGUUUUUCUGCACUAGAAAUGCACACUCUCUCCGUUUUUAGACUCUUUGGUCCGUUUUUCUGCGCUAGAAAUGCGCACCCUCUCCGCUUUUAGACUCUUUGGCCCGUUUUUCUGCGCUAGAAAUGCGCACCCUCUCCGACUCUUUGGCCCGAUUCUGACGCCUAGCGUUCAAAAUUUGAAUCUCACAUUAUAAAAACCUGCUUAACAGCGGGCCAACUUUCAUUCUAUUUAUAAAAUACCGCGAGGGCCGCUCCAAAAAAGGAAACGGGCCACAAAUGGCCCGCGGGCCGUAGUUUGGACA